AUGGCGGGACGCAGCGAAGCAAGUAAUCCGCCAUUCGCACUGCGUCCUCACCGUGACAGGUUCGUCCAGAGCCGUGAUUCCGAUUUGAUGAAUUUUGAAAGAAGAUAUAGGGAUUAUCCUGUUGUGGGCUUGUUUUUGUAGUUUGAAUUCGGAGAAGAUGAACAUUGAUUUAAUUCUACAGAGCAGAGUUACGGGAAAAACGAAUUUCCUGGGUUGCACACGCGGCCCGGGAUAGGUCGGGAGAGGGAUCCAUCGAUAGGAUCAAGCUGGAAAUCGCAGAAAAGACGCCAUGGGGGAAGAUGGUCGCAGAAGAUCUCAACUUUUACAACGUGGAGCUAGAUGAUCUGACAUUGCAAAAGCCGGUGGGGGCAGUGGUGCGUGAAAUGUUGACAAGGCGCAGACCCUUCGCAACAGCAAAGCGCGCGCCACGAAGAAAGGGGCCAACGCCGGGAAAGAAGUCGCAAAAAACCCAAAAGGCACAGGAGGAACGCCGGCAGAGGCUAGAGCAGCAGCGAGCUGAGGCCGAGCAGGCUAGGCAGGAGAUGGUAGAGAUGUUGCACGGGAAAAAAUGGAAAAGCUCAAGCAGCCGGCCAGGCGCAUGGGAACUUGUCAGCGACCCGGAGGUGCUUUUUGAGGUCACCGAAUUUUUCUUCUGCGAAAACUCCGGCAAGGAGGAGGCGCAAGUCGGGGGCGUCUGGUUCCAAAAAGAAAGUGAUGGCACAUACUAUGUGCGCUGAAGGAAGCCUUACCCCCGAAGGGAAAAGCAACAAGGAUAAUAACACACGCACAGCCACGAUUUUAUCGACUUUUUGAUCGGACAAGUUUUCCUAAACCGACUUAUCGACUUGUUCCCUGCCCCUGUCUAUCGAGCUUUGAGGUAAGAGGCCACCGCCACCGCACCCGUAACUAACUAACUAACUAAAGCGUAGAACUGAACUGAACUGAACUCUACAGAGCAGAUGAACGCCAGGUCGAAGAACGAGAAACCUGAAUUUACCAUGCGUGUGAUGCACACAGAACAUAAUUGACAUUGUUUGUGGCCGAAUUGUAAAACCCGCGUUAUCUGAAUGUCGGCGCUUUUGGAAGCCACUGGAUCAGAAUCACUCUAGCUUUUUUUGUACGUUUUCGUCUGUGUUGUAUGCGCCUGACAACAUGUGCCUCCAUAUAUCGGUUCUGCUGUGUCGCGUUUGGUAUUGAAGAUAUUGUCUGGUGCAAAACUACCAGUUCUCAUGGUUGAGGUGAUCUUCAUGUUCUGAGGGCGCGUACCCGCACACGCAUUCAGCGUAUCGCCAUGAGGUCAAAAUUGAAACCAAU